GAUACACCUGUGACCUGAGGCUUCCUGCCAAAACUACUAGCCAAGACCGGGGUCUGGAGGAGGAAGUGGUUCUGGAGCUGCUGAGGCUGUGGACGUUCCUCAGCAAGGCUUGGGUCAGGUGACGCCUUCAGAGAACAGGGAGAGACCGUGGACUUAGAAUAGGCUGUUCCCCAUCUCUUACCUGAGGUGGUGAACAGUCUGUAGUGUGGAGAGGAGAAGGCAACGUAGGGCAGGCUGGUUGAGGGAAUGGUUCAGGUGAGGCUGCCCAUUCUGGGGGCUGCAAGGCAGGCUUGUCUCAUAGCUCCUUUCUUUUCCAGCUUUUCCUCCUUAACUCCUUGACCUUGCUGAGGAAGAAGAGAUGACCAGUUCCCAGCUUAGGACAAAAUUCUGAAGUCCCCUUUAUACUGUCUACCUUUCUCAGUGUUGCCAAGUUUGUACCCUUUGUACCACGGAAGCUGGUGUAGAUGUUUGCUCACUGAAGAGGAAUUACUGUUCAUUGGUGUCUUAAGAACAUGUUACGUUUAAGGAUGUGGCCAUGGACUUCACCGAGGAGGAGUGGGGGCAGCUGGACCCCGCACAGAGGGCCCUGUACAAAGAGGUGAUGCUGGAGAUCUAUGGCAACCUGGUCUUAGUGGGAAAGAAACUUUAUGACUGUGCCGAGUGUGGCAAGAGCUUCAGUCAGAGCACAGACCUUCACAUCCACCAGAGAGUCCACACGAGGAAGAAACCUUUCGUGUGCGAUACAUGUGGCAAAGCCUUCAGUUAUAACAGGAAUCUUCACGUGCAUCAGAGGGUCCACACAGGAGAGAAACCUUUUAAGUGCGAGGAGUGUGGCAAGGGCUUCCAUCAGAGCCCCAACCCUCGCAUCCACUGGCGAGUCCACACUGGAGCAAAACCGUACAAAUGUGAGAAGUGUUGUGAGAGCUUCAGACAGAACGUAGACCUCCAAGAGCAUCAGAGGGUCCACACAAGGGAAACCAUUUCAAUGGUGAAACCCUUAAAGUACAAGCUUCCGUGCUCAUCAGAAAGUCCACACAGGAGAGAAACCUGUAGGUGUGAGGAGUGUGGAAAGGAUUUAGAUCACAGUGAAUCUUCACGUUCUCCAGAGAAUGAAACUGCAGAUGUGAUGGGUGUGUGAUAAGGGUUUCUUCAGUUAGAGCUUAGAUCUUCGAGUUUAUCUAAGAAUUAAUACAGGAGAAAACCCAUAUAUAUGUGCUAAGUGUAGUAAGGGCUUUGGAAAGAGCACUAAUCUUGAGUUCCAUAAGUCCCCACAGGAGAGCAAUGUUACAAAUGUGCAAGUGUGGUAAAGGGUUUCUUAAGAACACAGAGCUUCUCUGCAGAGCGUCUACUCAGGGGAGAAACCAUAGAUUUCAGUGUCUGUGGUUGGGGCUUCCGUUACAGCACAAACCUUCAUGCACAUCAGUGUCCAUGCGUGGUAGAGACCCUGUGUGCGUGAGAAGCGAGUCAGGCCUUCACAUCCAUUUGACUCCACGUGGGAGAAAACCAUGCAGGUGUAGGUAUGUGCAUAUCUCCCCCUUCCCCAGAGAGCCUGUUUCUACCACGAUUCUGGCAGCUCCAAGAGAGGGCAGCUGCGUGUGCUUUGCUCGCCAUUGUGUCCCCAGCUCCUGGCACAGUGCCUGGCAGGAGUAGCCACCUAGUAAAUAUUUGUUGAAUGAGAAUCCAUGUGGGAGAGAACCCCUGUUUGUGUGAUAGUGGGGUAAGGACUUCAAGGUCAACAUGUUGAAGCCUUUUUAGAAAGUGUGUUCACAGUCAGAUCAUGGGUUUUGUCAUGAGUUAAUCCCUGCAGGAGAGAAAUCCUGUGAACCUGAUGAUUAUACUAAUGGACUUAGAGAUAAAUGAUCAAAUUAUUAAAUCGGUGUAGUAAAUUUAAAAAUACAUGUCUUCAGCAUAAGAAUCCACACCCCCAAAACUGUAUCAGCUCUGAAAAUACUUUAGUCAAAACUCAUACAUUAAAAUGUGUAUCUAUUCAGGAAAAAAAAUCCUGUGUAUACCCUGAUGAAGUUAUGUGUCAGGCUCUGGACUGACCACCUCCGCAUAAGGUGGACUCCACCAGAAUCUCGUAGCAGUAGCUUUUCUUUUGUUUUAUAUUUCAUCUCAAAGAGGUUUAUGUUGGACAUAACCAAUGAGUUAUCCAGGGCCAAGGAUUGACAAGGCCUUCCUUUUGGGAGAGAUGCCCCUUACCUGGCAAAGUGCCCUUCUAGGCUGGAAGCCUCCUGGCCCUGAUUGAGUGUCUCCCUGCCCAUCAUGUCAUCAGGCUGCUGGGAGCUUUGCACCAUGGAUUGUAGAAAUUCCCAGGUGAGGCAUGUUCAGGGUAAGUGUCUAUAGAAGAGAUAGCUAAAAAAAAGGGGGCUGGUCAGGGUUUACAGGGGGGAGUUAGAGGAGAGGAAAGCAAGUCUGAAACGGUAGGGAAUAGUUAGAAGAAAUAGGAAAAGAACAGUGCCUGGGAGGUAGUUGGGAGGGGUCAUAGGGGUGGGAAGCCCCAAGGCUUCUCCUAAGUCUCCAGCAAGUGUCUCAACCUCCAGUACAGGGCUCUCCUUGGAGAUCUAUGCUAACCAGAGUGUGGUCUGUAGUGGGUAGAGAUGGACCCCAGUAGCAUCAGGGCCAGUUGGGGCCAGAGGUGGAAGAGUUGCUGUGAGGGACCUUGGAAGGCAACUCUAUGCCCCAUCAUUUCCCCACGUGGCCCAAGUCAGGCGGGACCAUUAUCCCUCCAAUAGAAGGAAGGAUCAUAUAUGCAGGCAAUAAUAAGCUUGACCCCCUUCAGGAGGCAUAAAUUAACUAGAGAACAGCCUGGGGGUCUGGCAAUGAAAAGGGAAGACCUGGACCAGUGGAGGUUAUGAAAAGGUCAGUGACCCAGUGUCAUCUCUAAAUCUGGGUAGGGAACAGAGAAAGUUGGUCAACAUUUCCACUGAGUCCUUCACCUAAGAGCAAUGUAUUUUUCUGCAUCCCCACUAAACAGCCAUUUGGGGGUUAGAAAGGCUUUGGAGCUCUUUAGGAGGACUGCCAGUUGAGCUGUCCAGGGACCACUGGCCUAAGUUGGGAAAGGGGAUGGUAUACCUGAGGACUGUGAUGGCACCCAAAUACCACUGAAUGCAGGUUAUAUUAAUAAAAUUCUCACAACACUGA